CCGCGCGACAUGAGUACUGCAUUGACUGGCUGAGUGUCUGAAAUGCGUAAUUGGAUUCCAGGGAUGGAUACUUUGCUCUGACGAAAUUGUGAUUUCAUAAAGAAAAGCAGUUUAUCAGAGCUGCUACAUGAACAAAACCAACAACAACAACAACAACAACAAUAAUAAUAAAUAAAUCACUGGGCAAGAAGCCAUAUAAGUCAGAUUGGAGAGGAUGUCUGGGACAGAUAAAACCCUAAACACAGAGAAGAGCUUCAGAGUUGUCAUCCGUCUGUGCCCUCUGAACAGACCAGGACAUUUUAUCCCUGUAGAUGAACCCAGAGCCUCCAUCAAAGUUACAGAUCUCAACCGAUUAGUUGUUGACACUGGAAAGAGUCACAAGCGUCAAAUGGGGUUUGAUGCAAUUUUAAACGAGGAGGCGUCACAGAGAGAUGUUUACGAUUCAACAGCAAAGUCUCUGGUUGAGUAUCUAAUGGAGGGUUAUAACGGCUGUGUAAUUGUCUAUGGCUCUCCGGGCAGCGGUAAGACUCACACCAUGCAGGGCUGCAGCAUCUCAGCCAAACACGUGGGCAUCAUUAGCCACGCUGCUGAGGACAUCUUUACCUCUCCCAAGGCAUCUCAUUGCAAAUUCAGGGUGUCUUUCUACCACAUCUUCAAUGAAAAGAUUUAUGACCUUUUGGAUCCGAAGGGGAGUGAGGUUAUCUGGGUGCGUGACUGUGAGGAGGUGGUGCAUCUUGAUGGGCUGACUGAGGUGGAGGUUUGCUCUGCCCAGGAUCUGCUGCAGAUGCACCGCCGUGGCUCCGCCCUCAGGCACACAGGAAUCUCAAAGGGAGAUUAUCCAAGCAGAUCCCACACUGUAUUCAACAUUGUGGUCAUUAACACAAUGGUCCAGUCCCCUGAGGGAGUUUUGACAGCCAGCAAACUCAGUCUGGUGGAUCUGGCAAGCUCAGGAAAAUGUCGUAGUUCUGCCGCUCCUGAUGUGAAGAGAACUUUCAACGCCGCAAAUGAAAAUCCGCAAGAGGCUAAAAUGCUGAAACGCUCCCUCACCAUAUUCGGAAAUGUGAUUUUUGCCCUUAGCACAGCGGGCUCCCAACAUGUCCCAUACAGAGAGUCCAAGCUAACCCGAGCUUUGAGAGACUGCUUGGGAGGGAACUGCCGGACGUGUUUGGUGGUGACAGUGUCGCCUUGGUCAUCUUCAAUAUCUGAAACUCUUAGCUCUCUGCAGUUUGCCUCAAUAGCCAUGGCUGUUCCUCUGCGACCCAUAAACACAUCUCAGUUACAUUACACACCUGAACAGCUGUGUUCAUCUUAUCUGAAUGGAAGAAAGAACUCAAUCAAUCAACUGAACAGACAGCAGAUAUUACCACCGGUCGCAUCUGACAGAAGGACACAGACAUGCUUGCUCCCCAUCCUCUUGAGCUCAGGCAGUCCCCUUGAACCCAAACCCAGCUCAAGCCACUGUGCAGAUGAACUGGAGCAUAGAAAUUUUCUCCCUCAGUUAGAGAAACCAAGCCAAACUGAACCAGUUGGACGUUACAGCUGUGGAUCUCGACCCGGAGAUGAAAGAAACAGAGUUGAUGGUAGGAUGACUCGCUCAGUGUCUCGCUCUCUCUCUGGGGUUGGAGGGAGAGAAAGAACUGGAAAGGGACUGGAGAUUUCAUCUGCACACUAUCGUUCUGUAGAGGGGCUCUCCACAUCCUGUCUUGAACCUUCCUCGGCUUCUUCAGCAGCUGUGGAGUGCCCCAACUGUACCCGGGAGCGAAAGAUCCGAGAGGAAUAUGACAAGAUUAUCGUUCAGGGUAGGAGAGAUAGAGAUUAUCUGGUUCAAAAAGUAGCAGAACUGGAGACUGAGUUGAGGAAGAGAGAAACACAGGAAAGAGAAAAUGAAGAAAAAGAGGAUGCAACAGAGGAAGAAUUUACCAGAAGCACAUCUGAAAUUUCUGAAACUUUACAAACUGCAGAGGAAUCUCUUCCAGAUCAUAAAGGCUUGAAGACACCACUUGGUUCCCAUGGACCCAUGUCCAACCUCAACCAUCAGCUUAAAAGGCAAAUUGUGUGUUUGCAAACAGAAGCAGAGGGACUGAGAGCAGAGCUGUCUGCUUGUCAUGAGAGGGAGAGGAUGCUGAUACAUUCCCUACACUCUGAGAGAGAGAGACUAACCCAGGACAGCCAGGAACUGCACGACCAGCUCAACAGCAUCAGAGAGAAAAACAGCCAGCUUGUGUCAACCCUUAACAACCAGCGGGAGAGCUUGCUAACAGAACUACAGAGCAGCAGAGAAAAGCUUGAACGAUUUCGAGAGAGUGUUUCUUUUAUGCUCAACCAGCUCAGGACUGAAAAGGCUGAAUUGAUGUCACAGCUAGAGGACACCAAAGGUUCCUAUGAAAAGGUGUGUUUGGAAAAUGCUGACUUAAGACAGAAACUGAAGUCAUUUUUGAGAGAAAUCAACGCAGCAUCUUUCACUGGAUCCAGCUGUGCAGAUACCAACACUUCACAUACACACACAGUCACAACGAACACUGAGAUGAUUGUUGUAUCACACCAUGUGUCUCAGCAGUGCCCUACUGGUCUCACACAAGGAAGUGAAUGCUGCUUCAGUCAGUGUGGUGAGUUUCAGCAUCCUGAGGAGGAGCUUAUGGAAAAAUCUGAAACCACAAACAGCAGCGACUGUGAACAGCCUCUUCCUAAACCCAAAAACCUCUACAAGCAGUUGAGGAGAGAGCACAGUCUGCUGCUGGAUGUGAUGCUGGUUCUGUACAGGAGAGAGUGGUUCCUGCAGGAUGCCAUUCCAUAUGUCAGACGUACUUUCAGGAAGUGUGGACUGAGGCCUGAGGAUAUAGACUGAAGAAUAGAGAGUGA